AUGCAACGAUCAAUCAGUGAACCAUCUUCACAACCACAAGAAGUAUCUACAGAGUCUAAUCAAGUUCCAAAUUUAGGAAGAAGAAGUUUACCAAGACCAACAUCUAGCGGAUUUUUUUCGUUCCUCCGUUGGUUUAAAAAAGAUGAUAAAGACACAGACAGUGAAGACGAAAAUUUAAGUAGACCAGUGAGUCCAUUAUUUUCUAGCAAUGAAAGUGUGAAUUCAUUAUUUUCAACAGCAACAGCCACAAGUUUCGCUUACGUGCCUCCUAAUAUUUAUAAGCCCUUCGGUACAGCUUCUCAGCCAGAAACCCUCAUAGCUCCUGGACCUGAUACUGAAACUUAUCGCAAAAGACUGAGACAAAGGGAGCGACUAAAAGAAUUGGAUCGCAAUUUAACCCUGCGAAAAAAAUAUAGGUUGUAUGCUGCGGAUACUUUACGAAAAAAUGAUCGCAUAGACUUUAGUGAUCCUAAAAAAAUAAAAACUGAAAAUAAUGGAAAUUAUUGUGAUUUAAGUUUACCAAUAACAAGAGUAAGUGAUAUUAAUACAAGUGCAAAUGGAAGUGUUGUAAAAGGUCACAGAAGAACUGCCAGUGAUUCAUCGAAGGAUAAACGAGCUGGUGCUUAUGUUCAUGUUAAAGGUAAAAGACGUGCUCCACCGCCUCCUAAAUAUAACGGUUCAAAACAAACUAAUUCACAAUCGAGAUCAUCAACUAUUUCCCGCAAAAAGCGUCCAGCACCUCCGCCACCAAUUGAGCUAAAAAACGAAAAUACUAAACCUAAUAAUUUUAAUAAUAUGGAUAACCCAAAAGACCCUAGUGAUAUUCCUAAAGAGGACCCUUCAAUAGCUAAUGAUUCAUUGAAGCUUGAAAAAGGUGUUUUGAAACCAAGCAAAUCCAUUAUUAUUAAAGAAGACAUGUCGUUAGGAAAAGAAAUCAAAGAUGUACCGCCAGUAUCUCCUAGGCCAUGGUAUAAACGCACAGGUGGUAACUCUAAAGAUUUCAAAAAAGAUAAACCUUUAGAAAAAUCUAAAGAUAAAGAAAAUGCAGCUUUUCCUGAAGUGAACUACUAUAGAAGUAGUACCGCAAGCGAUUACAAUCCAAGAUUCAGUUUCUUCUCAAAAUUAAAUGAUAAAUCUGAUGAUAAAAAGAAAGAUUCAGAAAAAAGAAAAUCCGGUUUGUCAAUGUUGGCAAAUAUAAGCGAAUUAGAUCGCGAAGCAGCAGCAAUUGUCAAUAGCCAACGGGCACAAAGCCAAAAUGACGAGUUUGAUGAAAUUCCGAGUUUUCUUAGACCACAUGUUCCAGACAAAGAAGAGGAAAAUGGUCCAAAAUCAGCAAGAGACUUGAUAUCAAAAUUCAAUGCUAUCACAAACGUGACUAAAGUUACUGUAAACUCAGCAUUUUUCAAUCCGAAAGAAUCUGCGAAAUUAUUUCCAAAGAAUGCUAAUAAGCCACCAACCGCUUACUUUUUACAAAACUCUGAUUUAUUAGGUACUUCUUCAAAAACAAGUCCCGCUCAAGAAUCUGAAACACCGCCAAUGAAAAGAAGUAUCUUCAGCACAUCUGGAUUUACAAAACCGGCCUCAAACUUAACUUCAGUAGAUGAUAUUGAAUCAAAGUUGAACUCGGGAAUUCCAAUGAAUCGCACAAGUAAUUCUCCUAAAUUAGAAAAACAAGAGAUCAAUGACAAUCUUGAUAAUGAAUUUCCUAAAAAGUUUCCAAUGAAGUCACAAUCUUCAGUCAAUUUGAAUUCGUCUAUAAAUUGGACUUGUAAAAACUGUAGCGCCCAAAAUCCGCACUGGAAAUCGACCUGCACGAGUUGCAAUGUAUCGAAAGAUAAUAUAAAUGAUGGCAAAUUGAACGCAAAAAUUACAGAUUCCCCCAAAAGUAGGAGGAAACGGACAUUAGAAAAUGCGAUUGCUGAUGGACGCCAAAUGGACGCGGCUAGACUUGCUAAAGAUUUGGCAAACUUAAAAGUAAAUUGUUCUGUUAUCAGACAACAGAAUCAAAAUUCUUCCCCUAAAGGUGGUGGUCCAGUUAUUGUAACUUUGGACUUAUAUGUGGAAGACAAACUUUCGCACCAAGGCCCGAUUUUGCUACAAAUACCAAAGUGUAUGACUUUAUUGGGUCUAAAGCGCAAAAUUUUGCAUGAUUUUGAAAUACCAAUUGCCAUCCAACGAUGGAUUCUUGGAAAUCAAUUAGCUACUGAUGAUUUCAAGGACCUUAGAAGAAUAUGGAAUAAGAGAAGAGAAAGUUCAGAGCUCAAUUUAUUUGUAUUUGGUGCACCAGGAUUUAAUUAUAGCACAUGCAAAACACCAAGUCAUGUGUGCGAAGUGACAAUGCAACGAUCAAUCAGUGAACCAUCUUCACAACCACAAGAAGUAUCUACAGAGUCUAAUCAAGUUCCAAAUUUAGGAAGAAGAAGUUUACCAAGACCAACAUCUAGCGGAUUUUUUUCAUUCCUCCGUUGGUUUAAAAAAGAUGAUAAAGAUUUAAACACAGACAGUGAAGACGAAAAUUUAAGUAGACCAGUGAGUCCAUUAUUUUCUAGUAAUGAAAGUGUGAAUUCAAUAUUUUCAACAGCAACAGCCACAAGUUUCGCAUACGUGCCUCCUAAUAUUUAUAAGCCCUUCGGUACAGCUUCUCAACCAGAAACCCUUAUAGCUCCUGGACCUGAUACUGAAACUUAUCGCAAAAGACUGAGACAAAGGGAGCGACUAAAAGAAUUGGAUCGCAAUUUAACCUUGCGUAAAAAAUAUAGGUUGUAUGCUGCGGAUACUUUACGGAAAAACGAUUGCAUAGACUUUAGUGAUCCUAAAAAAAUAAAAACUGAAAAUAAUAGAAAUUAUUGUGAUUUAAGUUUACCAAUAACAAGAGUAAGUGACAUUAAUACAAGUGCAAAUGGAAGUGUUGUAAAAGGUCACAGGAGAACUGCCAGUGAUUCAUCAAAGGAUAAACGAGCUGGUGCUUAUGUUCAUGUUAAAGGUAAAAGACGUGCUCCGCCGCCUCCUAAAUAUAACGGUUCGAAACAAACUAAUUCACAAUCGAGAUCAUCAACUAUUUCCCGCAAAAAGCGACCAGCACCUCCGCCACCAAUUGAGCUAAAAAACGAAGAUACUAAACCUAAUAAUUUCAAUAAUAUGGAUAACCCAAAAGACCCUAGUGAUAUUCCUAAAGAGGACCCAAUAGCUAAUGAUUCAUUGAAACUUGAAAAAGGUGUUCUGAAACCAAGCAAAUCCAUUGUUAUUAAAGAAGACAUGUCGUUAGGAAAAGAAAUCAAGGAUGUACCGCCAGUAUCUCCUAGGCCAUGGUAUAAACGCACAGGUGGUAACUCUAAAGAUUUCAAAAAAGAUAAACCUUUAGAUAAAUCUAAAGAUAAAGAAAAUGCAGCUUUUCCUGAAAUUCAGUUUCUUUUCAAAAUAAAUGAUAAAUCUGAUGAUAAAAAGAAAGAUUCAGAAAAAAGAAAAUCUGGUUUGUCAAUGUUGGCAAAUAUAAGCGAAUUAGAUCGCGAAGCAGCAGCAAUUGUUAAUAGCCAACGGGAACAAAGCCAAAAUGACGAGUUUGAUGAAAUUCCAAGUUUUCUUAGACCGCAUGUUCCAGAAAAAGAAGAGGAAAAUGGUCCGAAAUCAGCAAGAGACUUAAUAUCAAAAUUCAACGCUAUCACUAACGUGACUAAAGUUACUGUAAACUCAGCAUUUUUCAAUCCAAAAGAAUCUGCAAAAUUAUUUCCAAAAAAUGCUAAUAAGCCACCAACCGCUUACUUUUUACAAAACUCUGAUUUAUUAGGUACUUCUUCAAAAACAAGCCCCGCUCAAGAAUCUGAAACACCGCCAAUGAAAAGAAGUAUCUUCAGCACUUCUGGAUUUACAAAACCGGCCUCAAACUUAACUUCAAUAGAUGAUAUUGAAUCAAAGUUGAACUCGGGAAUUCCAAUGAAUUGCACAAAUAAUUCCCCUAAGUUAGAAAAACAAGAGAUCAAUGACAAUCUUGAUAAUGAAUUUCCUAAAAAGUUUCCAAUGAAGUCACAAUCUUCAGUCAAUUUGAAUUCGUCUAUAAAUUGGACUUGUAAAAACUGUAGCGCCCAAAAUCCGCACUGGAAAUCGACCUGCACGAGUUGCAAUGUAUCGAAAGAUAAUAUAAAUGAUGGCAAAUUGAACGCAAAAAUUACAGAUUCCCCCAAAAGUAGGAAACGGACAUUAGGUGAUUGGGAAAAAGAACUCAAAAAAUACUUUCCAACAAAAACUCGAAACUCUUUGUGUGAUUUGAAAAAAUCAUCAUCUGACAGAUCAAUAUUUAAACCAAUAAAUGAAAAUGUAAAUAAAAAUGUAUUGAACAAGAAUAAAGAAGUAUAUCAAUUGCACGAAACCAAAAAAAUGGAUGUAAACAACUUAAACAUUUCAACUAAUAAAGAAUUUAAACCUAUAAAUGAUAAUGCAGCUAAUAAAAUGUUUAUUAAACCAAACAUGGAAUUCAAUAAUGAUAGUUCAUUAAACAAAACAUUUGUAAAGCCUAACAUGGAAGAAGUACGUAAAAUCAGAUUAGAACGCUUUAGCGCUAAUCUUGAUGAUAUUGCUCCCAUUCCUAAUCGUGAUGAAAAUGAGUUAGAACAAAGCAGAUUAUUUGAACGCUUGAGAGAAAUGAAAAAUUCUUUGCCGAAACAACAUAUUCCUCCACGGAAACCUGUUACCCCGGAGCCUAAAAUUAUUAAUAAGCCUGAGCAUAUUGUACACACACCUCAAAACUUCAAAGAUGAUGCAAAGAAUUUCCCUAAAGAUGAUACCAAUAAAUUUGGUGCUAUUAAAAAAACUCAGGUGUUCAAUGAACCUGAAACUGCGAAGGAGCCUGAAAUGUCUGUCUAUGUCGUGACGACUCAUACAGAAUUUGAUGAUAUCAAAGUUCGGAAUGAAAAUGCAAAUAAACCACUGAAAGUGUCUAGUUCAUGUCAAACAAGUGGUGUCAUAAGAAAACUCGAGCCGACUAACAAACCGCCAACAAUCAUUGAAACCAUAUUACCUAUUAUGCCAGAAAAUUAUCAAGCACCAGAACUAAAAAUUAGAAAUAGAACAUACGAAUUAAUACAAGCUCGUGAUUUUGUGAGCAUGAAUAAUGCUAAAAUAAAUCCAAUUUAUCAAAAACCCAAAAAUCCUUAUAUGAGUCAAUCUAAAGUAGCAAGUGCAGAAAAAGGACACAUUCACACUAGCGAUUAUGAUGUUUUAACAGAAGAUCUAAGAAUUCCAAAAAGUAUAAUGAAGAAUCGAGAUACAGCAAAUAAUAAUAAUAAUACUGUAGAAAUUAAUAAAUUGUUAAAAAGUUUAGAAAAUGCGAUUGCUGAUGGACGCCAAAUGGACGCGGCUAGACUUGCUAAAGAUUUGGCAAACUUAAAAGUAAAUUGUUCUGUUAUCAGACAACAGAAUCAAAAUUCUUCCCCUAAAGGUGGUGGUCCAGUUAUUGUAACUUUGGACUUAUAUGUGGAAGACAAACUUUCGCACCAAGGCCCGAUUUUGCUACAAAUACCAAAGUGUAUGACUUUAUUGGGUCUAAAGCGCAAAAUAUUGCACGAUUUUGAAAUACCAAUUGCUAUCCAACGAUGGAUUCUUGGAAAUCAAUUAGCUACUGAUGAUUCAAGGACCUUAGAAGAAUAUGGAAUAAGAGAAAGUUCAGCUCCAAUUUAUUUGUAUUUAGUUGCACCAGAAGAUGACAAAGAAGGUCCAAGCAAAGACAACAAAAUUAUUGUUAGUGGUCCAAGCCUGAUUCCAGAUAUAAAGCGCAAUUAUUCCAAUUUAAGUGAUAUUAAAGAAAUGGAUAGUCGAAGUAUUUCUGGAAGUGAGUUUUCGCUUAACGAUACCGACUGUUUCGAUAUAAGCGAAUACUCUUGUAAUGGCUUGACUGAUGAAGUAGCCGACAUACAAAAUAAACAAAAAUUAGAUUGGACUUGCACGACAUGCACUGUGAAUAAUUACAAUUUGAACGAAAAUUGUACUGUUUGCAAUUCUGAGAAACCUACUGUUGAACAAAAAAAGCAGCUCGAAAGUUUGAAAGAUGAGCAUUACAUGCAAUUACUAAAUUUAGACUCCAAGGAUAUCGUUUCAAAUCUAGAACCAUUUGCAUGCAGCGUUUGUUUCGACAACUUUGUAGUUGGCGAAGGUGUUGUUUUGCGUGAAUGUUUGCACACUUUUUGCCGUGAAUGUUUGACGAAUACUAUAAAAUAUUCGGAAGAACCAGAAGUGAAAUGUCCAUUUAGGAACGAUCAAUACACUUGCAAUUAUGUUCUUCAAGAACGAGAAAUUAAGGCUUUAGUUAGCAAAGAAAUUUAUGAACAGCAUUUAGCAAAGUCCAUAGCUCAAGCUGAGAAUAAAAUCAAAAAUGCAUUUCAUUGCAAGACUCCUAAUUGUUUAGGAUGGUGCAUAUUCGAGGAUAACGUGAAUUUAUUCCAUUGUCCUGUCUGCUCACAUUCGAAUUGCUUGACCUGUCAGGCAAUCCAUACUAAUCUCGACUGCAGACAGUACCAAGAAAAAAUGAAGCAAGAUUCAGAAACAAACGCAGACGCUAAGAGAACCAAAGAUAUGUUAAAAGAUCUUGUAGACAAAGGUGAAGCCAUGACUUGCCCAACAUGUCAAGUGAUUUUAAUGAAGAAAUGGGGAUGCGAUUGGCUUCGUUGCUCAAUGUGCAAGACUGAGAUUUGUUGGGUCACCAGAGGGCCCAGGUGGGGCCCCAAUGGGAAAGGUGAUACCUCAGCGGGAUGCCGAUGUGGCAUUAAUGGUAAAAAGUGUCAUGCAAAGUGCAAUUAUUGUCACUAAUAAAAAUAUAGUGUUCAAAACGAAUUUAAACG